AUGCACUCAAAGGUGAUCUGCUGUAAGCUCUACAUCUCUGAAAGCCAAAAUGCGGCUGUUGUCGAUGCCAUCAGCCGCAUAGGCCAGAAAGACCCUGAGGUGGUUCUACUCAACAAGUUCGAGGAUGAGUACUACAACCGUGUCCGCUACACGCUUGUCUCCUAUAUUAACAGUGAAAGCGCAACUGGUGAAGCUGUAUUUAGCCCAAUCAGGAAGGUGCUGCUGGCGAUGAUCGAGGCUGCAUUUUCAGCCAUAAACCUCGAAGUGCACUGUGGAACUCAUCCAAGGAUCGGUGUCGUCGAUGACAUUUCAUUCCACCCCUUGACUCAAGCGGCCACAAUGGAGGAUGCUGCUCAGCUGGCUAAGCUGGUAGCCUCUGACAUUGGCAAUGGCUUGCAAGUUCCAGUGUUCCUAUAUGCGGCAGCACACCCCACCGGCAAGAGCGUCAGUGCAGUCCGGCGUGAGCUCGGCUACUUCCGGCCAAACCACAAGGGUGUCCAAUGGGCAGGCCCGGUGCUCCCUGACACUCUACCGAUGAAGCCGGAUGUGGGCCCAGUACACGUUCCUCAUGAAAGAGGCGCCACCAUGGUCGGAGCUCAACCUUUGGUCGAGAGCUACAAUGUGCCGAUAUUCUGCAAGGAUGUCCCGACCGUGGAGGCGGAGUGCGCGCCGCUGGAGGCCAAUGGCGUCCGUGCGCCAGGCGGCGCGGAAGGCAUGGAGGGCAAGCGCACCGACCAGGCAAAGCUCAGCACGAUGCACCCGAAGGUUAUCUGCUGCAAGCUCUACAUCUCUGAAAGCCAAAAUGGGGCUGUUGUCGAUUCCAUCAGCCGCAUAGGCCAGAAAGACCCUGAGGUGGUUUUGCUCAGCAAGUUCGAGGACGAGUACUACAACCGUGUCCGCUACACGCUCGUCUCCUACAUCACCAGCGAAAGCUCAACCGGUGAAGCCGUAUUUAGCCCAAUCAGGAAGGUGUUGCUGGCGAUGAUCGAGGCUGCAUUUUCAGCCAUAAAUCUCGAAGUGCACAGUGGAACUCAUCCAAGGAUUGGUGUCGUCGAUGACAUGUCGUUCCACCCCCUGAGUCAAGCAGCCACCAUGGAGGAUGCUGCACAGCUGGCUAAGCUGGUGGCCUCUGACAUUGGAAAUGGCUUGCAAGAAGAGCAAGGGCUUGAGGUCGACAAGGGUUACUUCACCGACCUGUCCAAGGACAUGAUGCUGGAAAGGUACUUCGAGAUUGUUUCUGCAGCAGAUUGA